CCGCACCGCGCCGCCGCCCGGGGCGGGGGAGUCGCGGAGAGUGGAUGCCUAGCGGGCACCCCCGGGGCAGAGACCCGCGGACGCCAUGGGCUGCUGCAGCUCCGCUUCGCAGAGUUCCAAGCGAGAAUGGAAGCCUCUGGAAGACCACAGCUGCACAGAUGUACCAUGGCUGCUCUUAUUCAUUGUCUUCUGCAUAGGAAUGGGUUUUAUCUGUGGCUUUUCAAUAGCUACAGGAGCAGCUGCAAGACUGCUUUCAGGAUAUGACAGUUAUGGAAAUAUUUGUGGACAGAAAAAUGUCAAAGUGGAGGGAAUAGUCAACAGUGGUCUGGACCUCACACACAAGAAAUAUGUAUUCUUCUUGGAUCCAUGCAACAUUGAUCUAGUACAUCAGAAGAUUAAGUCUAUUGCCUUGUGUGUAUCAGCUUGCCCAAGGAAAGAACUGAAAACUCUGGCUGAUAUACAGAAAUUUGCAGAAACUAAUGGAUCCACUCUGUGUAGCUAUGAACUACAGCCAUCAGAAUAUACUACAGACCCAAGGGCUGCCAAGUUAUGUCCUAAAUAUCCUGUUCCAGAGAGUGCACCUAUUCCAUUCUUCCAUCGCUGUGCUCCUGUGAACAUUUCCUGCUAUGCCAAGUUUGCAGAGGCCCUGAUCACCUUUGUCAGUGACAGUAGUGUCUUACACAGGCUGAUUAGUGGAGUUAUGACCAGCAAAGAGAUUAUAAUGGGACUUUGCUUGUUAUCACUAGUGUUGUCCAUGAUUUUGAUGGUUAUAAUAAGGUACAUUUCAAGAGUACUUGUCUGGAUUUUAACAAUUCUUGUCAUUCUGGGAUCACUUGGUGGUACAGGAGUCCUGUGGUGGCUCUAUGCUAAACAGCGAAUAUCUGCUGGUGCUCUUGAGACCCAGAUAGCCAAAGACAAUCUUCAGGCUCUCUUGAUCUAUGCCAUUGCAGCCACAGUCUUCACGGUUAUCUUGUUCUUGAUCAUGUUAGUUAUGCGCAAAAGAGUAGCUCUCACCAUUGCCUUGUUCCACGUGGCUGGCAAGGUCUUCAUACACCUGCCGCUGUUAGUCUUCCAGCCAUUUUGGACUUUCUUUGUGCUUAUCCUCUUCUGGACAUACUGGAUCACAGUCCUGCUUUUUCUUGGUACUACAGGUAGUCCUGUCCCAAAUGAAGAAGGAUUUGUUGAAUUUCGGAUGGCAGGUCCUUUGAAAUACAUGUGGUGGUACCAUGUAGUGGGACUCAUCUGGAUCAGCGAGUUUAUCUUAGCCUGUCAGCAGAUGACAGUAGCAGGAGCUGUUGUGACAUACUAUUUUACAAGGGAAAAAAGAAAUCUGCCAUUUACUCCCAUUCUGGCAUCUGUUAAUCGCCUUGUUUGUUACCACCUAGGAACUGUAGCAAAGGGGUCUUUUAUUAUCACACUAGUGAAGAUACCCCGAAUGAUUCUUAUGUAUAUUCACACACAACUCAAAGGAAAGGAAAAUGCUUGUGCUCGCUGUAUGCUUAAAGCCUGCAUUUGCUGCCUUUGGUGUCUAGAAAAGUGCCUGACAUAUUUAAAUCAGAAUGCAUAUACAGCCACAGCUAUCAACAGCACCAAUUUCUGCACCUCAGCAAAGGAUGCCUUUGUUAUCCUAGUGGAAAAUGCUUUGCGAGUGGCUGCCAUAAACACAGUUGGGGAUUUUAUGCUGUUUCUAGGAAAGGUCCUGAUUGUCUGCAGCACAGGUUUGGCUGGCAUUAUGUUGCUGAAUUACCAACGAGAUUACACCGUCUGGGUGCUGCCACUCAUCAUUGUCUGCCUCUUUGCAUUCCUGGUUGCUCACUGCUUCCUUUCCAUUUAUGAAAUGGUUGUUGAUGUCCUUUUCUUAUGUUUUGCCAUCGAUACAAAAUACAAUGAUGGGAGCCCUGGCAGGGAAUUCUACAUGGAUAAAGUUCUCAUGGAGUUUGUGGAGAAUAGUAGGAAAUCUAUGAAAGAAGCUGGCCGGGGAGGUGGAGCUGAGGGCAGAGAGCUAAAACCAAUGGCCUCUGGAGCAAGUUCAUCUUGAAACUAGCCAGCCAUAUUGGAACCCAUUGACAUUCCAAAACAGUAUAUAUAUACAUAUAUACAUACAUACAUAUAUAUAUAUAUAUAUUUAAAUAAACAGCCAAAAUCAGAGAAAAGGAACAGGGAUUUAAAACUUUUUUUAACAAUUAUUUUUGUGAAACAUGUACUCUUUUCAUACGGGUGGCUUUUACAAGCAGUUUUAUCAUUGUUCCAUUUCUUAAAUUAUUUGUUGUGGUCAUGGAAAUGUUGAUUCUUAUCUGCUUGAUAUUUUAAAAUCUGGAGGAAGUAUCAUUGUAAAAAUAAUCUGAAAUCAUGACUGGGUUUAGAGACAGAUUUCCCAUGACACUGCUAAUCUGCUGAGAGUUUUACUUGUUUAAUUUCUUUUAAAUUUGCAUUAAAUUCGGGACAGUGACACACAUGUACAGAAAACCUUAAAAUCAAGAAAAGUCUCAAAUUUAUUUUUUCAAGAGGUGGUUUUAGCAAAAAUUCAUUCAGUUCAAAUGUGUUUGUAAGCAGUUACUUUACCGCCCUGGCAGGGCACAGUUUUGUUUACCAGUAUCAGAUAUCACAAUAACCAACUCCUCAGGUAUUUAGGUGUGUGGGAGCCCUUGCAUCUCCUAUUAAACAGAACCUACAAAAUGGGGACAGAUAAUUUUUAUAUGCAAUUAACUUCCUGCCUACCCUAUUUUUACCCCUCAUACCCAUUGCCCUCUAUCCUUCCCUUGAGUUCAGUAGCCUCCUUCACACUUCAGCAGUGUUCCUUUGAAGGGUAUGGAUUCUCCAUACGGGCAAGUGAAAUAACAGAUUGUUAAAGCUCAGUCUUAGCCAUACUCAUGAUUAAUUCAUGACUAGAUUCAGAGAUGCUGAGGAUGGGAAGAGAAAUGAAUUGUACUGCUGUACAUAAAAAAGUACUGUAUGCUUCAUUUCAUCUAAUGAGAGAGCUCUGGGAGGUAUAAGGGAUCAUUCCUUGCCUGUUGUUUGAUUCAUAUCUGUACAUACUGUAGUGGGUGGCUAAAGCCAGAAAGGGCAGAGAAACAUUCCUUUGGAAGUGUAGCUGCCAGGAUAGUUAUCUGAAGUUAUUAAAUAAUGACAAGAGAACAUGCUUUUUUAUUAUUAUUAGAUACAUAAAUAUCUUUGAAGUCUGGAAGCUCACCAGAUAUGAAUGCUAAUAUUCAAUUAUUCAGCAUAGUGAAAUGGUAAAUGCUUAACUGUAUUUGCUAAGAAUUAAUGAUCUGUCUAUGCUAUAUAUUCCUUUUGUUAACAUUUUUUUAAGAAGACUAUUUUUGUUAUUGUAAAGUUAAUAUUUCAGAGCAGAAUUUUUAAACUUAUUGCACUAAAUACAAGCUGUCUACAAAUAAUGAUGCCUCAAUGGUUCAAUCACUCCACUCCAGAAAAUCUCUUGAAAGAGUAAGAGCCUUUCUACAGAAGCUUUAUGAUGGAGUACAGAGGUAUGUCUAAGUAAAGACAUGCACAACGUAUGUAAUCAAGGUUUAGUAAGUAAGCAGUUUAACUGUGCUUCCUUUCAGACUAUCAGAUUUUUUAAUUGUUGCUGAAGGUUUUAAAAAUUAUGUAGUAUCAUUUAGCUAACUAGUGCUCUUAUCUUUUUGGCAAUAGUAAAAUGUUUCACUUUUGCUUCCAGAAGUCAUUUGAUAAUUUGAAUUUGUUACUUUUUUUUUUUUUUCUGUAAGCCAGUUAAAACAAAUUCAUAUUACAGAUCCCAAACUAUUUGAAAGGUAGAAAAAUCAAGAUUCUUUUAGAAAGGAUAGCUUUUAGGGAGGCAAAGAGAAUUGAAUUAUCCAGUCCUGGAAGCACUUACUCAUUUAAGUGAACCAUAUCUGUAACUCAGCUAGCAUCAGGAGGACUGUCUAAAUAUGGAGAUUGUAACAUACACAUCUGUGUAAGUGCUGACUGGACUAGAGAUUCAGCCUGGGGAUUCAAACUGGAACACAGGUGAACUGGAACAUCUCAGUGCAAGUUAGAGGUCAGACUUGCCCAGAAGAAACACUGGAGCAGCCUUACUUUUGUGAAGAGACAUUCCUGCAAUACUAGUGUCUAAGAUAGCAGUGGUACUCAACACCGGUAUUGGUGUAGAUCAGAGGGGUUUAGCAACACAAAUUUUAAAACUGGCUUAGAUGAAUCCUAGAAACUUCAAGGCUAAAAGACUUCUCAAGUACCCAGUUGCUUCCAGAGAAUCUAGUUUGCAUCUUGUUUGGAGGUUAUUGGAAGUGCUUAAUCAAAGAAGCCUUGUAUUCUGCUCAUUUUGAUAAAAAAUUUCUGCCAUGACUGGUUCCACAAGUUUGUGUUCUUUGCUCACUAGAAAUCCUGAGUGGGAACUGUUCUCUGUAAUUGCAACUAGGACUGCAGUUGGUAACAAAUUUUGUAUUUUUGUAUGACUUGACUGUGCACCAUUUUUAUAGCAGUUUAUCCUGUCUUAAAAAUAAAUUUGUUUAUUUACAUGGUGUUUAAAAGAUACAGGCAACACUUUUCUAUGGGUAGUUGUAAUGUUUAAGCGACAAAUCUAUAUCAUUACAAAGUUCUUAAUAAAAACAUGUGCAUCAUUCUUGAGUGUAUAUCCAGCAUGCAGAGCUUUUCAGUCCUGCCAAAAAAGGCAUUCUAUCCACACACAGGUUUUUCAAUGGCCCUUUAAAGCUUUGAAAUGUCCUUUGAAGUUCAUUUGCAACCAAACUACCCUCUUCCAGCUCUGUCUUGUGCACAGAGAUAAGCAGAAGACAGAAUUCUGAAAAGACAACUUUUCAGGACAAAUUUAGACUGCUUUCCUUUCUUAGUGGGGAUAGUGGAGUGGGAGGACAUUUUGGCAUGUAAAUCCCAUACAUAAUUUUUGGCAGUAAGGUUGCUGGGGUCUGCCAGCUGUGAUGGAUUAAAUACUUUUUUUGACUGUUGGUUAUUAAAGCCAGUGUAUGGUCUGCUUUGUGGGAAGCAGUCUAGACUAAGUAGAGAGAGAUGCUGCACUGAGAAUAACAAUGCAGGAGGAGCAGACAAGACAGCUAAAACAGAGAAAUCAUCUCCUCAGAAUGUCCAUUGAAUUGAGUAGUGCUCAAAGACUGGAGAUUUAGGCUGAUUUAGAAACAAUCAUUGGGAUUACUGCAUCCCAGCAUUUGUUUUCUGCAUCAUAGCCUCUGACCAGCUAGGUUUGAAACAGAAAAAAGCAUACCAUUCCUACCAUUCCUUAAAUUUUUAAAUAUUUUUCCACAUUACUUUUUCUGUUUGGAAGUUGAACAGCACCAUGUCAUCUUUCCUGCUUCUUCCAGCCCUGGAGAAUGAUUGUUUUUGUUCUUUUGGGUCUCACUUCAUACUGCUCUCUGAGUAAAGGAAUGGCAAGUGGCAGUGUCUGCUCCCCUUUGUCCCUUAUCUUACUAUGUUCCCUUUUACCUUCCAGAGGCAAUGAUUCAGGAUAUCACCAGGACUGAAUGAGAGGGAGAGUAGGCACUAAGCUAAAGUUCUGAGGUAGGAUUUUUGUUUUGGUUUUUUUUUUGCUUUUGUUUUGGUUUUUUUGUUUUUGUUUUGGUUUUUUUUUUUGGUCUGGUAGUACUCCAUCCCUGUGGUUAGAAGUGGAACCAAUCACUUCUAGAGUUUCACAUCAGCCCCACAGCUGGACUUAACACAUAGGAUGGCAAGCUUAGAUUUGCAUGUUCAGCUUUCCACUAGCUCCCAGCUGCCAGAACCAGGACAUGCUUCUAAAUGUGGCCUUAGAUUGGCAUAGUAAAUGAAAGACUUUCUGCACUGGUAAAGUGUGUCCUAGAAAGGAGAACUAACCGUGGAAUAUGCAGUUAAAUGUUGUGGUUGGUUGACCACGCUGUCACAUACACUGCUACUCUGUUGCUUGCUCAGUCCCUGCAGCAGGAUGGGAGAGUGCAGUGAAAGGACAAAAACAUUGAUACAAGUGCAGUUCAUUAAGCAAAUAUGGGGAAAAAAUAUAUAACGAAG